AUGGACUGGAGUCUAAAAUGGGCAGACAAUGAAAAUCAUCGUUUUACUACCAGCAAGAAAAGUAUCACAGAUGAUGAUAUAGUAAUUGGACAACAGGAUAUGGUAAAACUAGUAUGGUCCAUCACUAAUCGUGAUCCAUAUUUUCAGAAAAUAAAGUUGAAAGAGAAAAUGCAGAUCAUAAUUAGGUUACACAAUCCUGUUAAUGAAGAUACAAUUUACAACAAUGCUGGCAAUAAAAAGCAGUUAAGUUUUACAUUUGAAGAAUUAAAACUCGUUUUGUCUCACUGUUUACGUGACCUUGUUGACAGAAUAAGUAUUAUUGAUAGUUCCCCCGUUGUUUUUGCACCAGAUAAACAUAGGAAAUUUGAUGUUAGCAAUGAUAAAUGGAUGGCUAUGUUUAAUGAAAAUAUUAAACCAUUAUUAUUGGAUGAUUCAAUUAAAUACUUGAUUGUGUGUGGAGCUUCUGCAAGUGAACGACUAGAAAAGACUAAAGCGAUCGUUUGUGGAAUAUAUGAAGAUAAAAGUAAAGUUCGUGAUGUGCAUAAGUGUAUUUAUAAAGGUGGAAAGUAUCCUAGAGUAUUUUAUGUUAUUUUUACCACCCACCCCUCGGCUGAUGCUAUAAAUGGUGCAAUUCCAAAUAGGGUCAGAUAUGAAUUAUAUCAAGCACUCAAUUAUUAUUAUUACUACAUUAACAAGAAAGAAGCUGAAAGAAAUACACAAUGA